UGGCCAUGGCUAGGGCGGUGGAUUUGUCCGGACCUGGACUGCCUCCAGAGAAAGUAGAUGGUAGCAAGUCUCUGUACGCGUGUGUCUCUGUUUGCAAAGGCUACCCUUCUUACAUUAUCUAUUCUAUCAAAUUGAGCCAACUUCUACCAUAUGAAUACAUAUCUAAAUCCAAAUCCAAAGGUUGCGGCAGCUCCAGCGACAGUGACAGUGUCACUCUUUGCAGCUUACCCACUUCAACAUUAACCCCAAUUUCAUACCCAACCAUCUCCAGUGCCAGUCCAAGUUCCAGUUCCAAGGAACAAGAAGGAUGCAAUUCAUAUUCAGAAUUGAAAUGGAAUAGAUUCGCAACUCUUGGAGGUAAUGGUCUCCCCUACGGUAUGAAUUGCUGUGUUAUGGUCUCCAAAAUUAUUCUUGUUGGUGGCUUAUUCAAGAGUUCUGAAUAUAGCACUUGGAUUUUCACCUUGGAAACCAACCCAGCUCUGGAUCCCAAGCCUGAAUUCCAGAACAUAAACAAGAAGAAGAAGAAGAUGAAGAACAACAACAACAACAGGAAAAACAAUUUUUCUCUGAAACCUCUAAGCGCUGGCAAAUCUGACCCCCUAUUGGUGGAAAUUGAGGGCAGGCUCUAUGCCCUCGCUGGCAUUCCCCUUAUGCCCUUUGAGGAGUUACCCAGCCCUACUUUUGAGGUAUUUGACCCAUCCACCCAACAGUGGUCACCUCUCCCUCCCCCUCCAUUUUUCAACCCUAAUGAACCUUGCUGUUUUGCCCCAUGGCAUUACAAUGCUCGUGCUUGCUUCGAUUAUUUUGUGAUGGACUCCAGGAUCUCUGUUUGUGGUCCUUUUAGUGUGGGAUACACCUUCGACAUACCCACCAAAAAAUGGCUUCGCUGUUCACACUUUGCUAUUUAUGCUCCAUUUCCAUUUGCGGGCAUGGGUCUAAUGAUAAAAUUAAGUGCCCGAGGAGAUAAGGCCAUCAUUGGCCAUGAUCAACACGGCAACUGCUUGUGUGCCUACUUCCUGCAUUAUUCAUAUGGUCAUUGUCAAUCUGUUCCUAUACCCGUUGACAUCCCUCCUGAAUUUGCCUAUUGCCGUCCUAAUUUUGUUCAUCUAGGGGACGGGAUUAUCUGUGUUGUUAUGGCUAUUGCUGUGGCGGAGUUUAAGGAGUUGCGCAUCUUUGUUGCCACUUUUCAAGUUUCAAGAGUUAAUCGACAGAGUAUUUAUCUUGACUUGUGGGAAAAGUGGGUUACAUAUGAUCUCGACGGCCAUGAUGACACCGAUGUAGAUGACACUAUAGCAAAUCGUUGCAAAUUCAUUCGCUUCAAAAUCCUCAAUACUCAUCUCUCUAUAUACAAGUCAAAGCCAUCCAAAUGCAAAAUUUUCUCUGACUGCAUCGGCGCCUAUCUCCUGUAACAUGAAAUCGAGGCAUCAAACUAGGCACCAGAAGACUGCUCGAGGCUUAUUGAGGAGUUAUAUUGUUGAGCGUGAGAAAAGCCCCUAACAUUGGGGUCUCAAUUAUGCUGGGAACCUGAUUACCUACAGUUAGGUCCGGAUGCAAAAAGUAUAGGUCAUUGGUUAGGUCCAAGCCAUAGUUACUUCCUGUCCUA